AUGGCUGCACCGGAUCCAAGUGCAGGAGGCACCUUCAUAUGGGCAAUCUCUACCGUUUUAUUUGUGUCUCUAGCAGCCGGAGGUGGUUGCCUUGUACUGUACAUAAUCCAACCUGACUCAGAUUAUGCAUCUUGGCUUCCCUUUGUUGGGGUGGCAUUGGUUUGCCUUCCUUGGUUGUUUUGGAUGCUCACAAGCCUCUACCGAGUCAUUUCCCGGGCAUGCAGAGUUCGAGUUGCCGCCGGUGGUGGUAGAGGAGGACGACAAGGCAGCAGUGGUGGUGGCGGUGCAUUCGAUCAAGGAGGCUCUGCUCGUGCAAAUGUGGUGAAUAAUAAUAAUAAUAAUAAUGCAGCAGCAACUCGCGUGGAGGCGCCUCCACGCAUAGUAGAGACUCUGCCGGUGAGGUCUCCUGAAAGUGAGGCAAGAAGGCGCGCUCAAUUUGAAGCUAUUCUAGCAUUGGACGAGGAAGAUGAAGAAGAAGUGAAGGAUAAAAAGAAGGGUAGAUCAUCCUCAAACCAUUCAAGCACCGAUUUGUCAAUGGCUUCACAUGAGAGUGAAAUGCCAUUGGCCUUAUCCAUGGCAUCUCGAUGA